AUGGCGGCGGCGGCGAUGGCGCGGCGGGGUGUGGCGCGGCGGGGUGUGGCGCGGGCGCUGGCGAUCGCGCGGCGGGGGAUGUGCUCCACCUCGGCGCCCGCGGCGGCGCUGUCAUCGGAGGAGCUCAUACGGAUGGAACAGGACUGCAGCGCGCACAACUACCAUCCGAUUCCCAUGGUGUUUUCCAAAGGGGAAGGUUCGCAUAUAUUGGACCCUGAAGGCAACAAAUAUAUUGAUUUUCUCUCUGCUUAUUCUGCAGUCAAUCAGGGCCAUUGCCAUCCAAAAGUCCUAAGAGCUUUGAUAGAACAAGCAGAAAGGCUUACACUUAGUUCCAGAGCUUUCUACAAUGACAAGUUCCCAGUCUUUGCGCAGUAUUUGACGAGCAUGUUUGGGUAUGAUAUGAUGUUGCCAAUGAACACUGGAGCCGAAGGAGUGGAAACGGCUAUUAAAUUGGCAAGAAAAUGGGGUUAUGAAAAGAAGAAUAUACCAAAGAACGAGGCUUUGAUUGUCUCUUGCUGUGGAUGUUUCCAUGGUCGGACAUUGGGGGUCAUUUCUAUGAGCUGUGACAAUGAUGCAACUCGUGGUUUUGGUCCUUUGGUUCCUGGUCAUCUUAAAGUUGAUUUUGGAGACAUUGAUGGGUUGGAGAAAAUCUUUAAAGAGCAUGGGGAUCGUAUAUGUGGUUUUUUGUUUGAACCAAUCCAAGGAGAAGCUGGGGUAAUAAUCCCACCAGAUGGUUAUUUGAAAGCUGUCAGAGAUUUGUGCUCUAGGCACAACAUUCUGAUGAUUGAUGAUGAGAUCCAAACAGGCAUAGCUCGAACUGGCAAAAUGUUGGCAUGCGAUUGGGAAGGUGUACGACCUGAUAUGGUGAUUCUAGGCAAGGCACUUGGUGCUGGAGUAGUUCCGGUCAGUGCAGUUCUCGCGGAUAAGGAUAUCAUGCUGUGUAUCAAGCCAGGAGAACAUGGAAGUACCUUUGGUGGAAACCCGUUGGCAAGUGCUGUGGCAAUUGCAUCUCUGAAAGUGGUCAAGGAUGAAGGUCUUGUUGAAAGAGCCGCGGAGUUAGGUCAGGAGUUCAGAGACCAGUUACGAAAGGUUCAACAGAAAUUUCCUGAUAUUAUUAGGGAAAUACGUGGGAGAGGUUUGCUUAAUGCAGUAGACCUAAGCAGCAAAGCUCUAUACCCUGCUUCUGCAUAUGAUAUUUGCAUCAAGCUAAAGGAGAGGGGCAUUCUUGCAAAGCCCACGCAUGACACCAUAAUCCGAUUAGCCCCUCCCAUUUCAAUCAGUCCCGAGGAGCUCACAGAAGCAUCGAAGGCACUCAGCGAUGUGCUCGAGCAUGACUUGCCGCAGUUGCAGAAGCAGAUCAAGAAGCCAGAAUCGGAGGCAAAAACACCCGUCUGCGAUAGGUGCGGUCGGGAUUUAUAA